AUGGGUGUCAGUAAAUGUCCAUACUUUUUCGAACUUGUAGAAGAAAUAAGAAAUACAGAACAAAUACAAAAUAUAAGUCAAGAUUUUCGGCUUGAAAUGUGGACAGGAUCAAAAAUAAAUGAUUUAUUCGAUGCAUGGUUUAUUGCCGAUAUAGUUCUAAUUGAAGCUUUGUACAAUAAAAGUUCAUCUUGGGCAAAUACUUUAGUACUUUCUCAACUUCAACAAAUUGCUGAUUUGUCUUUUUAUCAUCUUUUUAAUUCAUUUGAAACAAGUCGAAUUAUUGCAGGUCCAAUUAUUAGCGAUAUUAUGGAAAAUAUACGAAAUAUCAUCAAUGAAAAUCCAACUACAAUAUCAAUUGUAUGUUGUUGUAUUACUGCUCUUGCAAAUAAAUUAUUUAUAAUUUUAGCCCAAUCAACAGUAACAUGUUUACCGGCCGCUUGGAAUAAUACCUUUCGAACAUUAGCAGGUAUAUCAGGUCUAGCAGCAAGUACAUCAACAACACUUUAUAAUCCAUAUGGUGUUGCAUUUGAUACAAGUGGUACAAUGUAUGUCGCUGAUCAGAAUAACAAUCGCAUUCAAAAAUUUGUUGGUGGAUCAGCAACAGCAACAACCGUUUCAGGUUUAUCUUUAUUGUAUCCAAGUGAUGUUCAUGUUGACAAUAAUAAUAUUCUAUAUAUAUUGGAUACUAAUAAUUUUCGAGUAUUGCGUUGGAAUAGUGGCACGGUGACAACAGUAGCUGGCGGUCAUGGUAACGGUGCAGCAUAUAACCAAAUAUCUUACAGCUACGGAAUGUUUCUUGAUUCAUUCUCUAAUAUAUAUGUAUCAGAUUGCAGCAAUCAUCGUGUUACGUUAUGGACAGGCGGAAACACAGCUACGAGUCAAUUGGUUGCCGGCGGAUAUGGAGCUGCAAAUACACCACAACAACUUAAUUGUCCCGUUGGACUCUAUGUUGAUAAUAGUGGAAGUAUAUAUGUUACUGAUUAUAACAACCACCGUGUCCAACUAUGGUAUUCAGGUGCAGCUAUAGGUGUCACAGUGGCUGGUCAGUCAGGUGUAUCGGGUCCAUGGUCAUAUCAAUUAAGUAAUCCAUCAUCGGUGAUUUAUGAUCAACAUAAUUAUCUUUAUAUUCUUGAUUCUGGCAACAGUAGAAUUCAACGUUGGAUUCCUGGAGCAACCUAUGGAGUAACUGUUGCAGCAACAACAAUGUCUAGUCCACGAGGAUUAACUUUUGAUGGUAAUGGAAAUAUGAUUGUAGCUGAUAAUAGUAAUCAUCGAAUUAUUUCAUUUGCUAUGUAUUGUCCACCGAAUGCAACAACAACAACACUACCAACACCUCAAGUAACCAUUCCGAUGUGUCAACCAGCUGCUUGGAAUCAAAGUUUUACAGUUUUAGCUGGAUCAUCAGGAAAUGCUGGAACAUCAUCAACUUUACUUUACCACCCAUAUAGUUCAUUUAUUGAUAUAUAUGGAAAUCUUUAUGUUGUUGAUAAUUAUAAUGAUAGAAUUCAAUAUUUUCCAAGAGGUUCAACAACAGCAACAACAGUUGCAGGUGUAACAUCAAAUGGUGGUUCAAGUUAUUCUCAAUUAAAUAAUCCAUCAAGCAUUUAUGUUGAUGCAAAUCAAAUAAUGUAUAUAUUAGAUACAAGUAAUUGUCGGGUACUUCGAUGGACUCCUGGAGAUCCACUUGGUUUUCCUGUUGCCGGUGAUCAUGGUUGUGGAGCAGCAUUAACGCAAAUUGAUACUAGUUAUUCUAUGUUUAUUGAUAAUCAAUAUAAUAUUUAUAUAUCAGAAUAUGCAAAUCACAGAGUUACACUAUGGUCACCAACUAAUACAUCAGCUGGAACUUUGAUUGCAGGUGGUUAUGGUUCUGGAAGUACACCAGAGAGACUAUCUUACCCAUGGGGAAUCUAUGUUGAUUCAAAUCAAGCAGUUUACGUGGUUGACAGGUCGAAUCAUAGAGUACAACUUUGGUAUUCAGGAGCACUAUCAGGUAUAACUGUAGCUGGCGCAACAGGUAGUGCUGGUCCAUGGUCCUAUCAAUUCAGUAGUCCAACUGCCAUUACUCUCGAUCCAUUUGGUUACAUGUAUAUUUUGGAUACUGGAAAUUCACGAGUUCAAAAAUGGCUACCAGGAGCAGCUUAUGGAGCAACAGUUAUAUCAGGAUCACUGAAUACUCCAUAUGGAUUAAUAUUUGAUCUUCGUGGAAAUAUUGUUAUUAGUGAUACAGUCAACUAUAGAAUUCUAUCUUAUGCUAUGACAUGUCCUACUACUACAACAACAACAGCGUCACCACCAACAACCACACAAGCUUCAUUGUGUCCAACACCUCAAUGGAAUCAAACAUUAUCUGUAUUAGCUGGUAUAGCAGGAAGUGCAGGAACUUCAGCAACUUUAUUAAAUUAUCCAUACAAUAUAGAUUUUGAUGGAUAUCAAAAUUUAUAUGUUGCUGAUACAGCUAAUCAUAGAAUUCAAUAUUAUCCUCGUGGAACAUCAAUAGGUACCACUGUAGCUGGAAGUUCAGGUUCUUAUGGUAGUACUUAUGCUCAAUUAUAUAAUCCAUAUGCAAUUUAUGUUGAUUCAAAUCGAGUCAUGUAUAUAUUAGAUACAACUAAUUGUCGAGUUUUACGAUGGCAAUUUGGUGAACCACGUGGUUAUCUUGUUGCUGGAGGAAAUGGUAAUGGUGGAGCAUAUAAUCAAAUCGGUACAAGUUAUGGCAUGUUUGUUGAUAGUCAAUCGAAUAUCUAUGUAUCUGAAUCUACUAAUCACAGAGUUACAUUAUGGUUAACAACAAAUACAACAUGGGGAAUAUUAGUUGCUGGUGGAAACGGUGCUGGAAGUUCAUCAGAAAGAUUAUACAAUCCUUGGGGUAUUUAUGUUGAUUCUAAUCAAACGAUGUACAUUGUUGAUAGAACUAACCAUCGAGUACAACUAUGGCUUAAUGGAGCAAUAAGUGGUACGACUGUUGCUGGUUCAACUGGUGAUGCAGGUCCAUGGUCUUAUCAAUUGAGCAGUCCAACAUCAAUAUUGUUAGAUCCAUAUGGUUAUUUAUAUAUACUGGAUUUUGGAAAUAAUAGAAUUCAAAAAUGGUAUCCAGGUGCAGCUUAUGGAACAACAGUUAUAUCAGCAUCCUUUUAUAAUCCAUGUGGAAUGCAAUUUGAUCUCUUCAAUAACCUUGUGGUAGCUGAUACUUAUUAUCAUCGAGUUGUAUCCUUUAGUGUUUAUUGUGCUACAACAACAACAACAACAACGCCAUCUCCACCAACAUCAUCACCAACACCGAUAUGUGCAACAGCUCAAUGGAAUCAAACAUUUUCAACAUUGGCUGGUGUAUCAGGAAGCAGAGGAACAACACCUACAUUAUUGUAUAAUCCAUGUGAUGCUGUUUUGGAUGGAUAUCAAAACUUAUAUGUUGCUGAUACAACUAAUCAUAGAAUACAAUAUUUUCCUCGAGGAACAACAACAGGUAUAACUAUUGCUGGAAGUUCAGGUUCAGCUGGUAGUGCCUACGCUCAAUUGAAUAAUCCACAUGCAAUUUAUGUUGAUUCAAAUCGAGUCAUGUAUAUAUUAGAUACAACUAAUUAUAGAGUUUUACGAUGGCAAUUUGGCGAUCCAUUUGGUUCUGUUGUGGCUGGUGGAAAUGGAGCUGGUGCAGCAUUGACUCAAAUAACAACAAGUUAUGCCAUGUUUGUUGAUAGUCAAUCGAAUAUCUAUGUAUCUGAAUAUAGUAAUCACAGAGUGACAUUAUGGUUAACAACAAAUACAACAUCAGGAAUAUUGGUUGCUGGUGGAAAUGGUGCUGGAAGUACAUCAGAAAGAUUAUACAAUCCUUGGGGUAUUUAUGUUGAUGUUAAUGGAACAAUGUAUAUAUGUGAUACAACAAAUCAUCGAGUGCAACUUUGGAAAUCUGGAGCAAUAAGUGGUUCUACUGUUGCUGGUUCAACUGGUGAUGCAGGUCCAAAUGCAUAUCAAUUAAAUACUCCAACAGGCAUAACUGUUGAUCCAUAUGGUUAUAUAUAUGUAUUAGAUACUGCAAAUUCUCGCGUUCAGAAAUGGUAUCCCGGUGCAAGUUAUGGAACAACAGCAAUAGCAACAUCAAUGAGUACUCCAUAUGGUUUGCAUGCUGAUAAUCAAGGAAAUCUUGUUAUUACAGAUACAUAUAACUAUCGAAUUCUAUCUUUUGCUAUGACAUGUCCUGGUACAACAACAACAACAGCGGCGCCAGUAUUUCAAGCAACUGUUCCAGUUUGUUCUACUGCUGUUUGGAAUCAAACAUUUUCUACACUAGUUGGAUCAAUGGGAACAUAUGGUUCAACAGCAACAUUAUUAUAUAGUCCAUCAAGUAUUGCUUUUGAUGGAUAUGGAUAUAUGUAUAUUGCUGAUAUAAAUAAUCAUAGAAUUCAACGAUAUCCACCAGGAUCAAACGUUGGUACAACUGUAGCUGGUGUAACAAGUUCUUGGGGAAGUUCACGAGCACAACUCUACACUCCAUAUGGAUUACACGUUACUACCAAUAGAACAAUGUUUAUAUUAGACACAUCAAAUUAUAGAAUUUUAAAAUGGCAAUUAGGAGAUCCAAUGGGUUAUAUUAUUGCUGGUGGAAAUGGUAAUGGUGGAGGAUUUAAUCAAAUUGGUGUGAGUUAUGCAAUGUUUGUUGAUGGUCAAUACAAUAUUUACAUAUCAGAAUAUAGUAAUAAUAGAAUAACAAAAUGGUCUAUGUCUAAUACAACUUAUGGAACUUUGGUUGCUGGUGGAAAUGGUGCUGGUAAUACAGCCGACAAAAUAACAAGUCCAUGGGGAAUCUAUGUUACUAAUAAUUCGACAUAUAUUGUUGACCAAGGAAAUCAUAGAGUGCAAAAAUGGAAUUUCGGUGCAAGUCUUGCUACAACAGUCGCUGGUUCAACAAGUGAUCCCGGUCCAUGGGCACAUCAAUUUGAUACUCCAACAUCAAUUACCAUUGAUCCGUAUGGCUAUAUAUAUAUAUUAGAUUAUAAUAAUGACAGAGUUCAAAAAUGGUAUCCAGGUGCUCCCUAUGGUACAACAGUUGCAUCAACAACCAUGGCUUCACCAUUGGCAAUGCAAUUUGAUCCCUCUGGUAAUCUUGUUAUAUCGGAUACAAACUAUCAUCGUGUUAUAUCAUUCAGCAUGACAUGUCCUUCACCAACAACAACGACAACACUACCACCAACUCAAGCAGCAACACCAGUGUGUCAAACAGCCAUAUGGAAUCAAACAUUUUCAACAUUAGCUGGAUCAAUGAACACACUUGGAUCAACAUCAACAUUACUUUAUUAUCCAUACGACGUUAAUUUUGAUGGUUAUGGCAAUAUGUAUGUUGCUGAUCAUUAUAAUCAUAGAAUUCAGAAAUUUCCUCCAGGAUCGAAUACUGGUACAACAGUAGCUGGUUCAUCAGGUUCAGCUGGAAGUUCACGCGCACAAUUGCGUUAUCCAUCAGGAAUUUUUGUUAGUCCAAAUCAAGAUAUGUAUAUUUUAGACACAAGCAACUAUAGAAUUUUAAAAUGGCAAUUAGGAGAACCCAUUGGUUAUGUUGUUGCAGGUGGAAAUGGUAAUGGUGGUGCAUUUACGCAAAUUGGUCAGAGUUUUGGAAUGUUUGUUGAUCAAAAUUAUGAUAUUUAUAUAUCUGAACAAGGAAAUCAUCGUGUUUCAAAGUGGUUUAAUGGAAAUACAACCGCCGGAGUUUUAGUUGCUGGUGGAAAUGGUGCUGGAAAUACAGACGAUAAACUGAAUUUACCAUGGGGAAUUUACGUUGAAGUCAAUGGAACUAUGUUCAUCGUUGAUAGAGGAAAUCAUCGAGUGCAAAAAUGGGAAGCAGGUGCUAGUCUUGGUGCAACAGUAGCUGGUUCAACAAGUGAUCCAGGUCCAUGGUCAUAUCAAUUUGAUGAUCCAACAGCCAUUACAUUAGAUCAAUAUGGUUGUCUUUAUAUAUUAGAUUAUAGUAAUAAUCGAGUUCAAAAAUGGUAUCCUGGUGCAAGUUAUGGCAUAACUGUUGCAUCAGGAUCAAUGAAUUUUCCAGUUGGAAUGACAUUUGAUCGUCUUGGAAAUCUGGUUGUAGCUGAUUCAAGUUAUCAUAGAAUGAUUUCUUUUAAUAUUAUGUGUCCUCCAACAACAACAACAACAACAGCACCACCAAUGUUAAUAACAACUCCAUUAUGUUCUACAGCUUCGUGGAAUCAAACAUUUUCAAUUAUAGCAGGCUCAACAUCAAGUGCUGGAUCAACUUCAACAUUAUUAUAUUAUCCAAUUCAUAUUGAUUACGACGGUUAUGCAAAUCUGUAUGUUGUUGAUCAUCAAAAUCACAGAAUUCAAAGAUUUCAACCAGGAUCUCAGACUGGUACAACAGUAGCUGGUUCAACAGGUUCAGCUGGAAGUUCACGUGCACAAUUGUAUUAUCCAACAGCAAUGAGUGUAACUAAAAAUGGAACAAUGUUUAUAAUGGAUACAUCAAAUUAUCGAGUUUUAAGAUGGCAAGUUGGUGAUACAUUAGGUUAUGUUGUUGCUGGUGGAAAUGGUAACGGUGGUGCAUUUACUCAAAUUACUACCAGUUAUGGAUUAUUUGUUGACAAUCAAUAUAAUGUUUAUGUGUCUGAAAAUGCUAAUCAUCGAAUUACCAAAUGGUUAUCUGCAAAUCCUACUACUGGAGUUUUAAUUGCUGGUGGAAAUGGUGCUGGAAAUACAGCAGAAAAAUUGAAUUUACCAUGGGGAAUUUAUCUUGAUAGUACCGGUGGAUUAUAUAUUGUUGAUCGUGGCAAUCAUCGUGUCCAAUAUUGGGCAUAUAGAGCAAGCUUUGGUUUAACAGUAGCUGGUUCAACAAGUGAUCCAGGUCCAUGGUCAUAUCAAUUUAAUAAUCCAACAUCAAUAACACAAGAUAUAUAUGGUUAUAUCUAUAUUAUGGACUUCACAAAUGAAAGAAUUCAAAAAUGGUUUCCAGGUGCACCAUUUGGUGUUACUGUUGCAGCAACCAACAUGUAUUAUCCGUAUGGUAUGACAAUGGAUCCAUUUGGAAAUCUGAUUAUAGCUGAUACCUAUUAUCAUCGCGUUAUAUCAUUUGGUCUUACAUGCCCGGCUCCAACAUCGACUACAUCGGCACCAGCAACUCAAGCAAUUGUUCCAUUAUGUCCAACAGCUACUUGGAAUCAAACAUCUACUACAAUAGCUGGAUCAAUAUCAGCAGCUGGAUCAACAUCAACUUUACUCUAUUUUCCAUAUGAUAUAGAUUUUGAUGCCUAUGGAAAUAUGUAUGUUGUUGAUUAUUAUAAUCAUAGAAUUCAAAAAUAUCCAUUCGGAGUAUAUAUUGGCACAACAGUAGCUGGAUUUUCACUUGGAAGUGGAGGUUCACGUUCAGAAUUGUAUUAUCCAACAUCAAUAAGUGUAUCGAAAAAUGGAACAAUGUUUAUAUUAGAUAGAAGCAAUUAUAGAGUUUUAAGAUGGCAAGUUGGUGAUACAUUAGGUUAUAUUGUUGCAGGUGGAAAUGGUAAUGGUGGUGCAUUUACUCAAAUUGGUAUAAGUUAUGGAAUUUUUGCUGAUGAACAAUAUAAUAUAUAUAUAUCUGAACAAACAAAUCAUCGUGUUACUUUAUGGUUUAAUGGAAAUACAACUGUUGGAACUUUGGUUGCUGGUGGAAAUGGUCAAGGAAAUACAGCAGAAAAACUAAAUUCUCCAUGGGGAGUUUAUGUUGAUUCAAAUCAAUCAAUUUAUGUUGUUGAUAGAGGAAAUCAUCGAGUACAAAAAUGGGGUGCAGGAGUCAAUGGUGGUUUAACAGUAGCUGGUUCAACAAGUGAUCCAGGUUCAUGGUCAUAUCAAUUCAAUAAUCCAACAGCAGUUACGUUAGAUCAAUAUGGUUGUCUUUAUAUAUUAGAUUAUAGUAAUAAUCGAAUUCAAAAAUGGUAUCCUGAUGCAAGUUAUGGUACAACUGUUACAUCAGGAUCACUGAAUUUACCAAUUGGAUUAAAAUUUGAUCAUCUUGGCAAUUUAAUUGUAGCUGAUACAUCUUAUCAUCGUGUUGUUUCAUAUAGUGUAAUGUGUCCUGCAACAACAACAACAACAACGUUACCUCCACCUCAAACUCGAGUUCCAUUAUGUGCAACAGCAAUAUGGAAUUCAUCAUUUACAAUGGUUGCUGGCUCAACAUCAAGUCCCGGAUCAACAUCAACAUUAUUAUCAUCUCCAUAUGGUCUUACUUUUGAUGGAUAUGGAUAUAUGUAUGUUAUUGAUUAUGGUAAUCAUAGAAUUCAAAGAUUUCAACAAGGAUCAAAUAUUGGAUCUACAGUAGCUGGUUUAAAUCCAGCAUCUGGUAGUGGACGUUCAGAAUUGUAUUAUCCAUCAGCUUUAUAUGUUGAUUCAAGUCAAACAAUGUAUGUAUUAGAUACUUAUAAUUAUCGUGUUAUGAAAUGGCAAAUUGGAGACACAAUUGGUACAGUUAUUGUUAAUGGUCGAGGUUCUGGCUCAACAUUUGAUAAAAUAGGAAGAAGUCAUGGAUUUUUUGUUGAUACUAAUUAUAAUAUAUAUAUAUCUGAAUUUGGAAAUCAUCGUGUUACAUUAUGGUAUAAUGGAAAUAAUACUGCUGGAUUAUUAGUUGCUGGUGGAAAUGGUCAAGGAAGUACAGCAGAAAAACUAAAUUCACCAUGGGGAAUUUAUGUUGAUAAUACAAGUGGAAUAUAUAUUGUUGAUCAAGGAAAUCAUCGUGUCCAAUAUUGGCCUUCAGGUGCAAGUGUUGCAACAACUGUUGCUGGUACAACAGGUAGUGUUGGUCCAUGGUCCUAUCAAUUUAGUAGUCCAACAUCAAUUAUGCUUGAUCCUUAUGGUUAUAUUUAUGUUUUGGAUACUGGUAAUGCACGAGUUCAAAAAUGGUUUCCAGGAGAUCCAUAUGGAAUAACAAUAUUAUCAGCAACAAUGAGUAGUCCAAUGGGAAUGUCUCUUGAUUUUUCAGGAAAUUUAUUUAUAGCUGAUACAUCUUAUCAUAGAGUUCUAUCGUUUCCUCUGUCAUGUCCAUCACCAACAACAACGACAACACAACCACCAACAAUAUCCCAAAGUCAAAUAUGUUCAACAGGUAUAUGGAAUCAAACAUUUACAGUAACAGCUGGUAUAACAUCAAGUCUUGGUGCAACAACUACUUUACUCAAUUAUCCAGCAGAUAUUGGCUUUGAUGGAUUUUCUAAUAUGUAUGUUGCUGAUAGAGCAAAUCAUAGAAUUCAAUUAUUUCGAUCAGGUCAAACUGUAGGAACAACUGUUGCUGGAACUACAGGUACAGCUGGUGGUACUUAUGCACAAUUAAGUAGUCCAUAUGGAAUAACUGUGACACAAAAUGGAACAAUGUUCAUAAUGGAUACAAAUAAUUAUAGAGUGUUAAGAUGGCAAUUAGGAGAUCCCAUGGGUUAUAUUGUUGCUGGUGGAAAUGGUGCAGGUGGUGCAUUUACUCAAAUUGGAACAAGCUAUUGUUUAUUUGUUGAUAAUCAAUAUAAUGUUUACAUAUCAGAAAAUUCAAAUCAUCGUGUUACUGUAUGGUACAAUCAAAAUAAAACUGCUGGAGCUUUGGUUGCUGGUGGAAAUGGUCUUGGAAGUUCUGCAGAAAGAUUAAACUAUCCAUGGGGUCUUUAUGUUGAUUCAAAUCAAACAGUUUAUAUUGCUGAUGCGAGUAAUCAUCGAGUACAACGUUGGCUUUCAGGAUCAAGUACUGGUACUACUGUAGCCGGCACAACAAGUAGUGCAGGUUCAUGGUCUUAUCAAUUGAAUACUCCAACAGCGGUUACAUUAGAUCCAUAUGGUUUCAUAUAUGUAUUAGAUUAUGGAAAUUCAAGAGUACAAAAAUGGUUUCCUGGUGAUAGUUAUGGUAAAACUGUUAUAUCAGUUACAAUGGGUAGUCCAUUAGGAAUGGAAAUUGAUCUUUCAGCUAAUAUUGUUAUAGCUGAUACAAACUCUCAUAGAAUAUUAUCAUUUGCUUUACUAUGUCCUGGAACAACAACAACAACGAGUCCACCUCCAACUGUAACAACAAUUCCUCUAUGCUCAACAGCAACAUGGAAUUCAACAUCUACAUUAGCAGCUGGUUCAACGAAUACGAUUGGAUCAACAGCAACAUUACUUAAUUAUCCAUAUGACAUUGCAUUUGAUGCUUAUAAUUAUAUGUAUGUUGCAGAUUGUAAUAAUCAUAGAAUUCAAAGAUAUCCUCCAGGAUCAAGUACAGGAGUAACAGUAGCUGGUUUAUCAGGUUCAUUAGGAGGUUCAUUUUCUCAAUUAAAUUAUCCAACAGCAAUUAGUGUAACACAAAAUGGAACAAUGUAUAUAGUUGAUUCAUCAAAUUAUAGGGUUCUAAAAUGGCAAUUAGGUGAGCCACUUGGUUAUAUUGUUGCUGGUGGAAAUGGUAAUGGUGGUGCAUUUACUCAAAUUGGUGGAAGUUAUGGUAUAUUUGUUGAUGAUCAAUCUAAUAUAUAUAUAUCUGAGCAAACAAAUCAUCGUGUUACUAAAUGGUUUAAUGGAAAUACAACUGUUGGAACUUUGAUUGCUGGUGGGAAUGGUCAAGGAAGUACACCAGAUAAAUUAAAUUAUCCAUGGGGAAUUUAUGUCGAUAGUAAUAGUAGUCUAUAUAUUGCUGAUAGAAGUAAUCAUCGAAUCCAACGAUGGGAUUUAGGUGCUGCUAAUGGAAUAACUGUUGCUGGUGAUAUGUAUGCAAAUGCUGGUUCAUUAACAUAUCAAUUGAGUAGUCCAACAGGAGUUAUAGUCGAUCAAUACGGUUCUAUUUAUAUAUUGGACUACGGAAAUUCACGCAUCCAAAAAUGGUAUCUAGGUGCAACAUUUGGAGUAACUGUUUUAACAGGAACAUUUAAUAAUCCACUUCAUAUGAACAUUAAUGCAUUUGGAAAUUUAUUUAUAGCUGAUACAAAUUAUCAUCGCAUUCAAACAUUCAGUGUAUACUGUCCUUUAACAACAACAACAAAUGUUCCACCGUCAGCACAAACUUCAAUACCAUUAUGUUCAACAGCUAUGUGGAAUUCUACAGCAACUAUAAUUGUUGGUGCAACAGGAACUUCAGGAAAUUCUCCAACAUUUCUUUCAAGUCCAUACCAUGUAUCAUUUGAUCAAUAUCAACAAAUGUAUGUUGCUGAUUAUGGUAAUCAUAGAAUUCAACAAUAUACAUUCGGAUCAAAUGUAGGACAAACAGUUGCUGGUAUAACUUCAUCUGCUGGAAGUACAUUAGGUCAACUUAAUAAUCCAUCUGCAGUUUAUGUUGAUGCAAAUGACAAUAUGUAUAUAUUAGAUACAUCAAAUUAUCGAAUUCUUCAAUGGCAAGUAGGAAAUCAACUUGGGGCUAUUGUUGUUAAUGGUCGUGGUUCAGGUACAACAUUAGAUAAAAUAGGAACUAGUUAUGCUAUGUUUAUUUUUAAUGAAACAUAUAUUUAUGUAUCUGAAUAUGGAAAUAAUCGAGUUACAAAAUGGACAAUAUCAAAUAACAAUCUUGGGCAAUUGAUGGCAGGUGGAGCUGGUUCUGGUAGUACAUCAGAAAAACUAAAUGGUCCAUGGGGAAUUUAUGUUGAUAAUAAUGCAAUAUUAUAUGUUGCUGAUCGAUUGAAUCAUCGUAUUCAAAAAUGGGUUUUUGGAUCACCAUCUGGUGUGACAAUAGCUGGACAAAGUGCAGUAUCAGGUCCAUGGUCAUAUCAAUUUAAUAAUCCAACAUCUCUUACAUUUGAUCAAUAUGGUUAUAUGUAUGUAUUAGAUGCAGGAAACUCACGAGUCCAAAAAUGGUCAAUAGGUAUGGCAUAUGGUGUCACAGUUGUAUCAGGAUCAAUGUCAAAUCCAUCUGCAAUGCAAUGGGAUUUUUCAAAUAAUAUCUAUGUUGCUGAUACAUCAUCACAUCGAAUUGUAUCAUUCAAUGUUUUAUGUCCUGCAACAACACCAGCAACUUCAGCAUUUCCAACAUUAUCACCGAAUUUAGCAUGUCAAACAGGUAUUUAUAAUACAAGUUGGUCAAUUGUAGCUGGAAUUUCAUCAACUUCUGGAACUUCAUCUUCAAAUUUAAAUAGUCCCUAUGAUGUUUUUAUUGAUGGAAAUUUUAAUGUUUAUAUUGCUGAUUAUGGAAAUAGUAGAAUUCAAAAAUUUCAAUCAGGUGUUUUAUCUGGAAGUACAUUAGCUGGUUAUACAUUAACUGGUGGUUCAUCAUAUUCAGAAUUAAAUGGUCCAACAUCAAUAUUUGUUGAUUUAAAUGGAGUAAUGUAUAUAGCUGAUUCGAAUAAUUACAGAGUUCAAAAAUGGUUACCAAAUCAACCAUUAGGUUAUACUGUUGCUGGUGGAAAUGGAAACGGUGCUACACUUGAUAAACUGGGUGUUGUUAAUUCAAUUUUCGUUAAUGACCAAGGAAAUAUUUACAUAUCAGAAUAUAGUAAUCAUAGAGUUACUUUAUGGUUGUCUUCUAAUACAAGUGCUGGUCAAUUGAUUGCUGGUGUUGGUGUUCUUGGAAACUCGUUAAUUCAUUUGAAUAAUCCAUGGGGCAUUUUUGUUGAUUCAAACGGUACUCUAUAUGUUGUUGAUAGAGGCAAUCACCGAGUGCAACAAUGGAUAAGAGGUUCUACUUUUGGUACGACUGUUGCUGGAACAACAGGUGUUUCUGGAUCAAAUUCAUCUCUUUUAAAUUCUCCUACGACAAUUACUUUUGAUUCAAAUUAUUUUAUGUAUAUCAUGGAUGCAGGAAAUAACAGAAUACAAAGAUUUGCACCUGGUUCUAUAACCGCAGAUACUAUUGUUUCUAUGGCUUUCAGUUCUCCGAAAGGUAUGCGAAUCGAUCCAGUGGGUAAUUUAUUUAUUGCUGAUCAAAAUAAUCACCGAGUCGUUCUUUUUCGAUGUGUCUACAAUGCAUCGACAACAACACUUACAACAGUAACUACUACAUCAGCUACUACAACUUCAACAACAGCAUCAACAACUACUAGCUCAACGACAACAUCCAGGACUACUUCAACAACAUCAACAACUACUUCUUCAACAACACAAACAAGUACUACAUCAACAACAUCAACAAGUACUUCUUCAACAACAGAAACAACCACAACAGGACCAACGACAACUUCAGUUACAACAACAACAUCAGUUACUACUACGACAACAACAGCGACCUCUACUACAUCUACAACGGCAACCAGUACUACCACAACAACAAUAACAACAACAACAACAACGACAGCUACGACUUUAACAACAAGUACAGUCAUUUUAACUACAACAACAACUAUAGCUGUACUUACAACUACAACAACAACUGCAGCAGUAGUCACAACUACCACUGGAGUCACAACGGUGACAACAACUGUCACUAGUACAACGAUCGCUACUGUACCAGGAGCAACAACUACUACUGGACUUACCACAGCAGCAGCUAGUCAGUCUGCUAGUACUUCAGCUGCCAAAUCCAAAGAGAGUUCAUCAAAUACAGGUAUUAUAGCUGGUUGUGCUGUUGGUGGUGUAGCUGCUCUUGGAGCUGCCAUUGCUACUGGAGUUGCACUAGCUAAAAAAUCAGCAGGAACUAGUGCUCUUACUAAGAAUCAAAUCAGUUCUACAAAAGGAAAGAAUAGCUUUACGAAAGUGGAGAGAAUUCCAUCACCAAAACAACCGUCUGUUUCACAAAAUAAUAAAAAUGCGCCGUCAAAUGUUAAAACCGCUGAGAGUCCUCCUUCAAAUCCAAAACUUAAUAGUAAUACUACUUCAAAACCUGGAACAGUUUCAAAUGCGAUGUCAAAUAAUACAGAGGGUACUCAUGGCAUACCACAACAACUCAAUGUUCAUCCUCGUUCCUAUAAUAUUCAUGUUAUCAAAUAA